AUGAAGAGUCUUGCAAUAAAUAGCAAAUCUUUGCCAAAACAAUGACUAGAAGAAGAGCAGCAUCGACUAAAAGACGAAAUCUCAAAGCUUCAAGGCUUGAUACAGCAGCAUAAUCAACUUUUCAAACAAGCUACAUCUCCAGAGCCGCAUCCAAGCUCAAAGCGCAAAAAUAAGGUAGAAAAAGCUGAUGAGAGUCCUGCUGUACAAGUCCGAAAAAUGCCUAAACGAGCAGCUACUGAGAAAAAGAAAUCAGAUGAUUUUUUAAUUCCUGUUGCUUUGGCACUUCGCUAUGAUUCUGCUUAUCAAAGAGGAUCCAACUCCCCUCCGUGAGUGAACAAAACUAUUGGGAAAAUCGCUAUUUUUUGCCAAAAACCGCCCUCUGUGAGUGAAUAAAAAUUUUUUAAUAAGAAAAAUUUUUUAUGAAAAAAAUUUGAUAUGUAAAUGAUAAUUAGUAAAUGAAAUCCUGAACUAAUUCUGUUUAAUUUUAAACAAAUUGCGUUUUAAAACAUAAAUUUUAUAAAUAAAAAUAAUAUUUGCUUCCCAAUUUUUGCAAAUUAGGAUUUUUUUAAAUUUCGAAAAAAAAAUUUUCUAUAAAAUUUAUAUAAAAUAAUUUUUUUUAAAAAAAAACAAUUAACUCCCCUUCGUGAAUAAAAUUUUUUUGUUCACUCACGGAGGGGGGAGUAAGAAAAAGUUUCCUAGAAAGAGAGGAAGGCCAAAGUCAAUUUCAGUUCCAGAUAAAGCACAAACAAAAAUAUCCUUUAAAAGAAAGACUUAA